AUGCUUCCCCAAUCAGCCAUAUCAACUCUUCUACAACCCCCGAUCGUACGAACUGGCCUGCGAGCGCAUCUCACCCCACCUCCGUCCAGCGGGCACAAGCCUCCGACCGCCAAGGAUAUUCCUCCAGUGACUUUGACGAAUAUACAGCAAAUCGAUGUGAGCGAAUUCAAGCCGUACUUGACGCAAAUGGGUGCGCUAUACGAGCAGCUUCAGAGAGCGAAGGAGAGCGAAGAUGAUACCCGAAGCGCCCAUAAAGGUUCCAGACCGGAUGAUGGCAUCGACUUCAAUAACGACCCUCGUUUCAAACCUGGGGGUUCUAGGGCCCCGGCGUCGCGCAAAUCCUCUAUAUCUUCUAUUGCGAGUUUAGGAUCUAUCGAUUCGAGCGGCACUCAUACAAGGCGGGGAGGAUCCAGUCGCAAGACGGGGCACAACCCACCGCCUCUCUCUACUAUCCCCACGGUAUACUUUGAAGAGGACUUCCACCUAGAGAAUCCAAGAACCUUUGAUGUUGUUAGUGAAAGGUCUGAAGUUGUGCCCCAAACGCAGAAGAACUCAGACAAGGACGUCGGGAAUGGUGCGGCGCCAGCUCCUCGAAAGGCCCUUGCGACGAAUGCUAUAUUACAAGAGAAGCUCUCCUGGUACAUGGACACUGUCGAAGUCCAUCUAAUUAGCUCGAUAUCAACGGCGUCUACCACCUUUUUCACGGCCCUUGGCUCCCUCAGAGAACUACACACCGAAGCCGCCGACUCUGUCGAAAGGAUUAAAACCUUGCGCAAAGACCUUGUGGCUCUCGACGAAGAAAUCGUUACCAAGGGACUCGAGUUAUCGAAGAAGCGUCGAAAGCGCGAGAACCUGCAGCAAUUGAGCGACGCGAUACUACAGCUGAAAUACAUUGUCGAUGGCGUCGGGCGAUGUGAGGCGUUGGUAGAGCAGGGCGAUGUCGAGGAAGCACUCACCGAGAUUGACGGCCUAGAAAAACUAAUGAUCGGGGAACGAGACGAUUCAAUACCCACUAUGAAGAAUUCGCCUAUUGCGCAUAUUCAGCUGCGCGACCUGACAGGGGCGAGUGCACUUCAAGGGGUACACAACGACUUAGACACGCUCAGGUUCAGGAUUGGAAAGGUCUUCGGAUUGAAGCUGCAGGAACUGCUCAUGAACGACCUACGUAAGCAUGUCGAUACCGUGUCUAUUCGGGAGGUCCUACAAAGGUGGGGAAGUGCAGCUGUGAGGGCGCGAGGCGGGCAUGUCAAAGAGCCUUCAGUGUUCCCUGCCUAUCUCGGGUCGACGGAUCAGCUACGCGCCGCUCUUUUGCCAAACAUUAUCGGCUUACACCGAGCGAACCAUAUCGCGACGGCCAUCACAGCAUACCGCGAAUCAGUCUUGCGAGAGAUCCGCACCAUUGUCCGACGGCCACUUCCAAGCUCCAAUGAUGAUGAUGCGGACUCCAUGAUGUCGGCUUCUACUAUGAGUGGCGGGGGUCGGAGUCGGACCAACCAGGAGAAGUCGGCCAUUUUGGCGAGGAAUCUACGCGCCCUCGACGCUGAAGACGGAGAGGAGCUCCUAGCUAGGAUUUACGUGGGCGUCUCGGAGACCCUUAGGAGAGUGACGACGCAAACCAAGGUUCUGCUCGACAUUGCGAGCGAAGUUGGCGAUCCCCAGGGUACCGCGAAUGCCAAGUCGCCAUCGGUGCGGUCGCCAAUCGCCAGCCCGAAUCUCGGCCGCAUUCAGCAAGACCUCUCAGGCUUCGAAAUCCAGGAAGAGCUUCACAAGGCGCUGGAUCUGGGUAACUUGCUUGGGCAGGCGGUCGAUGGCGGACACGACAAGAUUAUCCGGAUUCUACGGGUGCGGUCGGAGCAGAGCGUCAACCUCGAGCUUACGCAAUUCCUGCGGUACUUUACGCUUAAUCUCUUUUUCGCAAACGAGUGUGAGUCCAUUUCUGGGCGGAGCGGUACCGCGCUUAAAACACUGGUCAACAACCAAAUCAAGGAGUUUGUCAAAGCGCAUGGUGCCAGGGAGAUCCAAAUCCUCGCGGAAGGUAUGGGGCCUGAUACCUGGAACGCCAAGGACUUUGGCGACAAGGAGAACAGGAUAUUAGAAGAGAUCUUGCAGUCGAGCACGCGCGAUCCCGAGUCAUGGGGAAAGCCGAGCAGGAUAUGGUUGCCUCCUACGGUGGAUGAGGAACUUAACGGCGCAGAUGAUAAGCCAUCCGAUACGAACGGGACCAAGGAGAAGGCGCGCAGCGCCACUAUCGACUCGGAGACGUUCCUACUCCCCAACUCGGCGCUACUCUGUCUCGACGGCAUCUCCCACUUCCUCCGCCUUAUGAGUGGCAUCCCGUCCAUGACGGCGGACAUCGCGACGUCUCUCAUCGCCUACCUUCACAUGUUCAACUCGCGGUGCACGCAGCUCAUCCUCGGAGCGGGCGCCACCAAGUCGGCCGGCCUCAAGAACAUCACGGCGAAGCAUCUUUCACUCGCAUCACAAUCUCUAUCCUUUCUCGCGACGCUCAUCCCGUACAUCCGCGAGUUCGUCAGGCGACACGCCGGGUCGGGCCCCAGCGCGGCGAACCUCAUGGGCGAGUUCGACAAGGUGCGUAGGCUGCUGCAGGAGCACCAGGAUAGCAUCUACCAGAAGCUCGUGGACAUCAUGAACAGCCGGGCCGUGGCGCACUGCAAGUCGAUAAGGGCGAUGGACUGGGGGUCGUCGACGGCGAGCACGCCGGUGCACGCGUACGCUGAGACGGUGACGAAGGAGACGGCGACGCUGCAUCGGGCGUUGACGAAGCAUUUGCCUGAGCAGUCGAUUCGGUUGGUUAUGGUGCCGGUGUUUACGAGCUAUAAAGACCAGUUUGGGAAGGCGUUUCAGGGAGCGGAUCCCAAGACGGAAGCUGGUCGUGAGAGUAUGCUUCGUGAUAUCGAGCACCUAUCCGCGAGACUCAAUAAGCUCGAGGGCUUCGGGGACUUGGACACGUAUCUCACCAAGAUUGUGAAGGGCAAGGAUAUCAAGGUGGAAGUGAAGCCAGAGGCACCAAAGGUCGAAGAGAGGAAGAGCGGCGAGAAGAACGGCGAGAGUGCGAAUAACGGAAACAGUAAGGUGUCGGAAGAGAAGAAUGAUAGCGAAAAGAGGGACGAGGGAAAGUCGGAGGAUCCAAAGCCAGCUUAG